AAAUUUACCUGGUAACGAUGCUGUCACCUUUGCCAGUUGUAAAUUAUACACAACUAAAGUACCACGUUACCUGUGUAUGGGAAACAGCAGAUGCAGCGGUGGCCGUGGGUGACAGUUUUGCCACCGUCAGGACCCUGCGUCCUGUAUCUGAUCUAACGGAGGAGACGCUGAACAAGGUGCGGCAGGUGCCACUUACCCCUCCUCUAGGCACCUCCACCUACCACCUGACACAGCUGUUGGAGGAGGAAAAAGGCGCAGCAGAGAGACUACGGGCGAUGAAUGAGGUGUUGGAGAGGACACAACAAGUCGUCGCCAGGUAUCUGUCUUCGUGGGAUGCAUUGGUGGCGGCAGGAGCGGGGAAGGAAGGCUUCACCCACCACCCUGUUCACGCUUACGCCCUCACCAAGCACCUCACCCUUGGGUGGCCGCGCCUGGAGGAGGCCAUGAACCACCUACACGGCCUCUCACAAGACAUCGAGUGGAUGUUAAGACGGCGGGGUAGCAGCGGUAUCACCACUGAGGAGGACCUUGCCUCCGUGAUGAGCGGCCUCGCCAGACUACACGAUUUUUACACCCUCAACCUUACCGCCCUCACCCACGCCUCCCUAUCCUCCCACCUCGACCCAAGUUCCAUCUCCGCCGGCCUCCCCGUCACAGUGUGGGAUCUGCACCACAUCGGCUCCCACGCCACCGCUGUUAACAUCUGGAACUCAGGUGUCGACUUCUUGCUGGCGGCCCUUGACCACUGGCACGACAACAACAUCAGUCACCACUACACUGACCUCCACAGCCUUACCAAGAAACUCACCAAGGCCACCAAGAUGCACGACCAAGUCCUGGAGCGUAAGGGUCACCGCAGCAAGAGCCACAGUACACAUGCCCUGCCCCUGGACAAGACCCUGGCCAGGAAGAAGAAGUACCACCGCCAGCAGGAGACGAUGUUGGGCCAGGUGGGGUCUAGCCUUCAGGGCCUCGACCAAUAUGUGCAGCUGUGUCAAGGGAACGACCUUAGGCCAAUGAACGUAACAUCGCGUCUGUACUGUCGGUACGUGAGCAACGGGUCGCCAUUGUAUGUGAUCGGGCCGCUGAAGAUGGAGGUUCAUUAUUUGCGGCCUUAUGUAGUGACCCUGAUGGGCGUGGUGGGCGUACAGGAGGCACAGGAGGUGCAGAAGACUGCGGCAGUCUUCCUGGGAGAGUCAAGCACGGUACAGCACAAUGGCAGGUCCCGGGUGGGGCCACAACGCACCAGCUCUACGGCGUGGCUGUGGGAACAUGACAGCCCUCAACUACCCCGCCUCACUCAGCGCAUCGAGCACCUGUUAGGGGUCAACGCCCAACAACAUUACGGAGCUGAGGCAUACCAGGUGGUGAACUACGGUGUUGGAGGCCACUAUUCGGUGCACCACGACGCCCUCUCCAACACCCCCUACCUCCAGUUCCACCGCUUUGCCACCUUCCUCAUAUACCUCACUGAUGUACCACAAGUUAACACAUGUACAGGAGGGAGGACGGUAUUCCCUUGGCUUGGUGUGGGUGUAGCGCCCCAACGAGGUUCUGCUCUGGUGUGGUUUAAUGUGGACCAUGCAGGUGUCUGGGACCCCCUGCUGGAACAUGGCGCUUGUCCAGUACUCCUCGGUGACAAAUGGGUCAUUAACAAGUGGAUAUUCUACGGCGGUCAGACGCUGCAAGUCCCCUGCCAACUACAACCUCACGCCCACGUCGCCCGCCCCCUGCUGUGAACCCCAGUAACCAAAACUCUACAGUAACCACAAAUCUUCCCAACAACCAAAACUCACCAGUUUCAGGCAGUUGUACGUCACCUUGGUGUUGACCCAGGGAGCACAGAUGCCCACCAGGAAGAUGCCGCUGAGGGGGCCCUUAAUGGCACUGAGGAGGCUAUAUGCCACUUGGAAGAUGGUGCCCAACUUGCCCACUACCAAACCCAUACAGAUGGCCACCACACCCGUCAUGGAGGCUGUCAACAAAAAACAUUACCAGAUGUGCCUCACACACUCGACACAAGUGCCACACUCCAAGCUCUCCAAGAAUGUGUGCGAGUGUACAGGGGCCGGCAGGGUACACACCUGAGGACGCCGCCAUACACAGACGCCACAAAGAGACCUGACAUACCCACCAGGUGACUCAACUUGUCCGUCACCAGGUAGGGAAUGAUCUGGUCAGGCUUUUCAAUUCUUCCAGAGGUGAGAGGAUCACAGUCGCUGUAGACGGCAUAGGCGACCAGGCCAGAAAAGUAGAAGACUCCCCACAGCAUGAACAGCCCCACGAUGAACAAAAUGCAGAGUCUUGUCCACAUGAAAUAGUGUGGAAGUUAGUUAAAGCCAGAAGGUAAUACAGCUUUAGCUCAUAUUGGCAACAGCUUACAGAAAGUGUGAAAGAAGAAUAUGAAUUGGACUUACGACUGUGAUUGUUUCAGGUUCUUGACGGAGACGAACCUCUGGAACUGCGGCUGGUUGAGGCCGGCCAUGCUGAGCACCACGUACAUCCCCAGCACUUGUGUCGACCAGAACGUGUGGCGCACAAAAGGACUAGUGUCCAUGCU